GAUAACAGACUGGGUGCGACGACUCAAACAGCGGGUGCUGCACCGGUAUCCGGAGCCGGUGUUCAUCAUCACGGUCACGGUCAUAACACAACCACAAAUAGUGCAAAUAACAAUAAUAGUGUUAGUAAUUAUUCACGUAAUACCGAUCCACCGUGUAGUGUUGUACAAUUACACGCUGCCGCCAGAACGCUGCAAAGUUUAGCAGCGGUGGCGUCAAGUGCAGCAAAUAGUGCACAUCAUCAUUCGGUGCAUCAUCGUUCCGUUGUAGAUCCGCAUUGUCCAACCGGCACCACGGCGCCCGGACCAGAAUCUUUUUGGAAAAUGCCUCAUAAAGAGGAAGAGCUGAUGCAUCAUAGCGCGUCAGCCGCAGCUAUGAGCCAAAGUACAAUAUUUGGCUGUUCAGCGGCGGGACACAGUGGUAUCAAUCAAUUGGGUGGUGUUUAUGUGAAUGGACGACCGUUACCGGAUAGUACACGACAAAAAAUUGUUGAAUUAGCACAUUCGGGUGCACGACCUUGUGAUAUAUCACGGAUUUUACAAGUUUCCAAUGGUUGUGUAUCGAAAAUUCUUGGAAGAUAUUAUGAAACUGGCUCAAUAAAGCCACGUGCCAUUGGUGGUUCUAAGCCACGUGUGGCCACCACACCAGUUGUAAAUAAGAUUGCUGAUUAUAAACGUGAAUGUCCAUCAAUAUUUGCGUGGGAGAUACGAGAUCGAUUAUUAUCAGAAGGUGUUUGUAACAAUGAUAAUAUACCCAGUGUUUCAUCAAUAAAUCGAGUAUUAAGAAAUUUAGCAUCACAAAAAGAGCAACAAGUUUCGGCACAAAGUGAAUCAGUGUAUGAUAAAUUACGUAUGUUUAAUGGACAGGCGCCUGGUUGGGCUUGGUAUCCAGGUACACCACCUACCCCACAUUUAGGACUUCCACCAAAUCCCACUACAACGCUGGCUGGACAAAUUGCACGAGACGAUUUACAAAAACGUGUGGAUGCAAUUCAUGAAAACACAUCAGAUGGUAAUUCAGAACACAAUUCAUCAGGAGAUGAAGACUCACAAUUAAGAUUGCGAUUGAAACGAAAACUACAAAGAAAUCGAACAUCAUUUACCAAUGAACAAAUUGACAGCUUAGAAAAAGAAUUUGAAAGAACACAUUAUCCAGACGUGUUUGCACGUGAACGACUUGCUGAGAAGAUUGGAUUACCUGAGGCACGUAUCCAGGUAUGGUUUAGUAAUCGAAGAGCUAAAUGGCGACGUGAAGAGAAAUUACGUAAUCAAAGGCGUGCAGUUGAACAAGUCGCUGCUGUAAGUCCACCAGCUCCAGCACCACGAUUACCAAUUAAUUCUGGUUUUAAUUCAAUGUAUUCAUCGAUACCACAACCUAUUGCUACAAUGGCUGAUACUUACAGUUCAAUGUCAACAAGUUUAACAAGUAUGAGUAGUAGCUGCUUACAACAACGAGAUCCAACAACAGCAUAUCCAUAUAUGUUCCAUCAUGAUCCAUUACAUCAAUUAAGUACAACAUAUAAUCAAUCACGUGCUGCAGCCGUAUCAGCUGCAUGUAAUUCAGCUGUGGCACAUGCUCAAUCAGCUGUAAAUACACAUCCAUCGUAUGGGAGUGCAUCGGGUACAAGUUCUGCACCAGCUACUGGCACCGGUGUAAUUUCAGCUGGUGUAUCCGUACCAGUACAAAUACCAAGUCAAACGCCCGAUUUAACAACAAAUUAUUGGCCACGAAUUCAGUGAUCGCAACUAUUCGGGUUUCCGCCGCCGAGAAUACUCGUGCAUUCGGAUAACCCGCCAUCAACAGUAAAUAUGCAGCACAACAAUUCCAUAUCACCAUCGAUAACGGCUACAUCCACAUCACCGCCAAUUGUUGCACCAACCAUUUCCAAUAUUGAUCCACAACAUUCAAACUAAACAAGAAAUUUUCUAAAAGUGUGUUACUAUA